AUGUCCUCCUUACAGCAGCAGACUGCAUCCGCACCCACGCCCGCACCCGCACCCGCAUCCUCACCUGCACCCCAAAGCAUCGUCGACAAACCUACCUCCCCAGUUUCCACCCACGUACCCGCGACCCCGCCCGAGAAGCCAAAAGUGUUCGCCAAGCCAACACAAGAGUAUGCCGAAUACCAAGCAUGGGUUAACGCUGGGGGUCUCGACAAGUUUGCAAAGGAUAAUAGUCUAGAGCCAGACUUUUUGUCCCAUUUGUGCAGCCUCCCACCCGCGACAACGAGCGCGUAUAUUUUAGCAGUACACCAAAUCCCCGGCAUGUCAGAUGCCAUCGCAGCACACCAGCGGCUGUGGACCGGGUCUUCAUUCGAGCAGGGUCUGCAGGAUAUUGCUGCGGCAUACGGUGACUACGACAGCUCGUGCUCUGAGUCUGAGGAUGAGACGUCGAAGCAUGAAGAUUCCGAGCAAACAGGAUUAUGCGAGAAUCAGGGCGAGGGUCCGGAAUGCGCUCUAGUCUUGAUUGAUGCAUGA